AUGGCACGAUUGCUUUCUCUGAAUAUUUACAUACCGUUCGGAUUUGAAAAGGAAUGCAUAACACAAAAUUCAAAACUACACAUUGUGGAAGGAAUUAUCAGACAACCGAGUGAAUCAAUUUUGGAUGUUAUCAUUCAAGAUGCAAAACCAUUACUUGCUUCAUCAGAAGAAGAUUUGAUUGCAAAUAGUGAUCCAUCAACUAGUAUUGGAUAUUUACAUCAGAGCAGUACUACCACUCCUAAAUUAUAUCAUUCAAAAUUCAAUUUUACUCUUGAAAAUUCGAGAAUAAUUCUCACUGAUCAUUCCGAUGAUUAUUCAAUUAAUAAUAUUUAUUAUAUUUAUUAUGAUAGGAAUACAAAGUACAAAUAUUCUUUGGAUCGUGAUGAGGAGAAAACUUUGUCAUCACUAGAACAUUUAAAUAAUGGAAAUUCCAAAGCGAGAAGAGAAGCAAUAGAAUAUUCACUAUUUAACACUCCUAUCAAUUCGAGUAUAUUGAAGAAACAUUUGGAGAAUAUUAGUAGGAUUGGAAUGUCUUUUAAUAUGAUUUUAGAUUUGAUAUUAGGAUUUUUGAUAAUCUAUCAUGUUUGGAAAUUGGAUGAAUCAACAUUAAUUGAUUUGAAAAAACGAUUUAUUUCUCUCUACAAGUACAUUUUAAUUAACAUGUUUCAACACUUUGAAUGGUUGAUAAAGGACAGUAAUCCAGGAGGUAUUAAAUUGAACAAACAGUUGAAUAUCAUAUUGGGACAAAUGGCACUCGGAGGAUUGAGAUGGUGGCAAACUCUAUUGAGUUUUGGUUUUUACUAUCUCUCAGAUUUUUUCACAGUAGAUUUGUUUAGAGUUUUAAUAUGGUCUAUAUCCUCCUCUUGCCUGAUGGGAGCAUCGACCAUGUUGGCACUUGUUUGUGAUUUGCUACUUGUUGUAUCGAUCAAUAUUUUACUCUUUUACAGAAUAAUUUCAAGACUCUACAACCAACUCAUUCAUUUGAUAUUUUCAUUGUGGAGAUUAUUUAGAGGAAAGAAGGCUAAUCCGCUCAAGAAGAGAUUGGACAAUUGUGAGGACUAUUCUAAUGAUCAACUCAUUCUAGGCAUCAUUCUCUUUACCAUUUGCAUAUUCCUCUAUCCAACUGUUGCAGUUUAUUACUUGAGUUUCUCUUUCCUCUUCUUUAGCAUUGUUUCCAUAAGAAAAAUCAUCACCUCCAUCAUGGUACUCAUUCACAACUUUCCCAUUAAUCAAUUACUUAAUCUAAAUGGCUGCAGAAAUGAGGGAAUUAAAUUCACAACCCUCAAGAAUGGAUACAACUAUCUCCAUAUUCACAGUAGUAAGAUUCCUCUCUCUCAGGUCAUUUCUAACUCCCUACAGCCAGUCAUUAGACAAAUCUUCCUCUCCAAUACUCAACCCCUUAACAACACUGAUACUGGAUUGGUGGAAGAAACUAGCUCAAACAUUAUCCUUAGACUAAUCUACGGUUAUUCCCUCUUCUACAACAAAUAA